UUGAUCAUUAAAAAAAUCAGGCGUUAAAAAAAUAUCAGAGAAUUGGGUCAGCAAACGGCACGGCCACGGUAUGAAUGUAACCCCCGGUGCGUUAACUUUCGCAAAAGAAGCCUCCCCCCUUUGGCGUGAAGUAACCUGCUCCGACGAGGAGAAGGAGAUGUCCGGUGUUUCCAGCAUCUGCCAACGACAGCCGUAGCCGUUAGACCGGUCUGUCUGUCUGUCUGCCUCCCUCGGCUGGGUUUGGGAGACCCGCUCGCCCAAAUAACGUUAACGCGGUCCCGGCCGGGCUUGGGGCUGAGCGGCUAGCCGGGGGGAAAGCGGAGACACCGACAGAUACCAGCACCAGAGAGGAGCUGGGAGCUGCUCUGUUGAGACCCAGGAAAUCACUCCUCGCCUUGUCUCGACAGCCUGGUAGCAACACAGUGCACAUUUCAGUAGUUCCAAAUACAUAAUUCAAGGACUCUAAAGUGUGAGCACAUUUGCCUGCGAUAUGUGAGUCUCGACAGUUCUACCACAGAUCUAGUUUUACUGGAGAAAUAAACAGUUUGGUUUGACAAUGUCAAGCCGCCGGAAAUCCACCACACCUUGCAUGGUGGUGCCUUCUGAUGUGGUUGAGCAGGAGGAGAUGGAAGAUAAAACAGAAAGGACAAAGGAGGAGGAGGCUGGGGAGGAGGAGGAGGGAAAGGUGAAGGAAGGAAUAGAGGAGGGGCUGACUGCAGAGGAGCUGGGGCAGGCUGUUGUUGUUGUCCCUGUUCCACCAGAUUUAGAUGAACCCAGUGUUUCCACUAUAGACAAUAGAGAAGUCAUCGGUCCCUCACUGAAACGGAGCACUGCAAAUCCUCCUGAGGAUCUGAGCAGCGACCAGCCCACCCAGGAACAACAGUGUGAAACCCCUGAGGAGGGGGGAGCAGACCCUGCAGCAGUUGCUGCUAUCUCUCUCAGCAAGACCCCGAUCAUGAGAAUGAAGACCAAAUCUGAACCCAAGAGAAUCGCUGUGUCCCUAAAAUCAGCAGAUGAGGCAACAGAAGGUUUUGGAGGAGGUGGCGAGGGAGAGUUGGGCGGAGAGCAGGAACCUAUCGAAGCUCCUCUGGGGCCAAUGACGCCUAUGGAGAUGCUCAUGCACGACUCCAUGAAGCUCGGGGGAGGCAGCUUGCUGGUCAGCCCGCAGUCAGAACAGCAGAGGAAGUCAUCCAUUUUAAAUCCCACAGUUCUGCCUCCUGGUCUGGCACAGGUGCUUUCUGCCUUCCAGGCCCAGCAGAGCACAGCAGCAGCUCAGCCCCAGCUUCUGAUUCCCCUCAGCAGCAUCCCCUCCUACAGUGCUGCUAUGGACACCAACCCUCUGCUGGGCACCACAUACAAGAAAUUCCCUUACCCCUCCAUGGCUGAGAUCAGCAGUUUGGCAGCACAGACACAGUUCACAGAGGAACAGAUCAAGGUGUGGUUCUCAGCCCAGCGACUAAAGCACGGUGUCAGCUGGACUCCAGAAGAAGUGGAGGAGGCCAGGAGGAAGCAGUUUAACGGCACAGUGCACACAGUACCUCAGACCAUCACUGUCAUACCUGCUCACCAACUGUCAGCUGCUGCUAACGGCCUGCAGUCCAUCCUUCAGACCUGCCAGAUAGUGGGCCAGCCUGGCCUCGUGUUCACACAGGUUGGCCCAGGGGGGAACCUUCCAGUUACCAGUCCCAUCACCCUGACAGUGGCAGGUUUGCCUAGCCAGUCCCAGAGCUCCAGCAGAGUUUCUUGUCAGCCCACCCCGACAAACAGUGAGAUGAAGCGGGCCACCACUGUCCAGCCUCCCUCCCUUUCACCACAGGAGAACUCAGCCCUCAGCGCUGACACAUUCAGCAUGCGACCUAAGAAAUCCAAAGAGCAGCUGGCAGAGCUGAAAGCCAGCUACCUGAAAAACCACUUUGUCACAGAUGCUGAAAUUGCCCGGUUGAUGAAGCUCACCAACCUGACAAAAGGGGAGAUAAAAAAAUGGUUCAGUGACACCAGGUACAACCAGCGCAACUCCAAGAACAGCCAUGUCAUUGUGUUUCAUGAUGGAGGUGGCCGAAGCGGCAGCUGUAGCAGCACUGCUAACACCACCAUUGUUAUCGAUUCCAGUGAUGAGACCCCUACGUCACCCCAUCCUCCACGUACACCUCCUGUUAAGGAGAAGGAGACCCGGCCUAAAACGUGGAACCCAUUCCCAGACUUUACCCUGCAGAAGUUUAAGGAGAAGACGCCAGAGCAGCUGGUGGUGCUGGAGGAGAGUUUUGAGAAGAGCGCCACCCCGUCAGAUGAAGAGCUGAGCCGUUUGAGGACAGAGACUAAACUGACACGGAGGGAGAUUGACGCCUGGUUCACUGAGAGGCGAAAAAUGCCGUCUGUCAGCACCUCGUCCCCCGAUUCUUCUGAAGGAGGAAAAGUAGACACGGAUGGAACAAAAGGAGGAGAAGGGGGAGGAACCGGAGGACUGGCCUCUUCUUCACCUCCUGCCUCUUCAUCCCGAAAAGGUAGUCAAACUCCUCCUGGGAAUCGCAGUAAGCAGCUGCUCAGCAGCAACAAGAAGGACAUAAAGGAUAAAAGUAAAAAGUCUCCAGAGCAGCUCCAUAUUCUGAAAAGUGCCUUUGUACGGACCCAGUGGCCCACACCAGAGGAGUAUGAUCAGCUGGCAGAAGAGAGCAACCUUCCUCGCUCCUACAUUGUCAGCUGGUUUGGGGACUCUCGGUACUCUUGGAAGAACGGAAACCUGAAAUGGUUCUUUCAGUACCAAAGUGGCAACAUCGAAGGACCAAACAGCGGAGGUGGCAGUAAACUGGGAAGCGGCAGUCGAAAAAGACGUGGCCGAAAUCGUGGGUGGGGACGGUCCCGAACCAGGAAGCAGCCAAGAAGGUCCACCUCCUCAAGCACGGAUGUUGACAGAUCAACCCCAUCAAAGAAAUUCAAGACUGGGAAGGAGAUUCUGAAGGAGUACUACUUGAAGCACCAUUUCCUCAAUGAGCAAGAUCUGGAUGAGCUUGUCACCAAGACCAAUAUGAGCUAUGAACAGGUGAGGGAGUGGUUCGCCGAGGUCCAGCGGCGCUUGGACAUGGGGUUAGAUCCAUUCCAGGAGCCGGGUACACGGAGGACAGAUGGAGACGAGGGAGCGCGGGAGGAUGAAGAGGCGACACAGGGUGAGUCAGUGGCCACCGACGAGCAGACGGGCACAAGGCUGGGAGAUGAAGAAGAUGACGAAGAAGACGAGGACGAUGGCGACGACACAGAUGACAGUGAGGUUUGGGAGCCGUCACGUAGCGUCAAGAAAUCUUUAUCUGUUUCUGAAGACUAGUGAAGCAGGAUGGAACGUAUCUGAAUGUUACAAAAGAAAUACUUUUUGAGUCAACGCUGGACGACAGUUAGCUUUAGACCAAGUCUUUUUAUCCACGGAUUUGCAUGUGUAGUUUUCCACAUUAAUUUGCUUUUCAAACUGUUUCUGAGUCACGCCUAUGUGAUACUAACAGAUGGACUAUUAGCUUUAGCUCACUCUCACUGUAACUAAGGUUAAGAUGAGAAUCAGACCCCACACAGUGGCACAUGAAACUUUGAUUACGCUUAUAAAGCAGCACCUACACAGUAUUUUGUCAAGAGGAAUAGCGUAAAAUGCAAUCUUCAAGCUGAGCUGAGGAUGACAACUGUAGAUGAAAUAGGUACCCAAAAAUCUGUUGCAUCCCGACGUGUCCAUUAAUCCCCUUUUUUUUUUUAAAGCUUAGGAAACUGACUGUUGUAAAUAACAGAUUUUGCUCCUUGUUAAAUUUGCACUCCUUGCCUGUUUAAAUGCAGCUAGUAAGCUGCACCCAUUCACACGAUGAUGCUACUUUUCUUCUAGAAGGAGUGUUUGAUAUGUUGUUGUGAGCAAGGGCCUGAAUUCAAACUUUCGAUCUUUAAUGCUAUGAAUGUUUCCCUCCUGACCAGUUGCAGUUAAAAAAGGUGCUUGGAAAUGUAUCGCAGCUAGAUGUCACUGCUGAGCAGUGUACGCAGUGAAACCAGCACAUGAUUGUGGGGUUUAAAUUUACCUGAUUUCUUCAGCACCUGUGAAGAGCAGAUCAUGAGUUGUUUGAGCUGACACGAAUUUAAUGAUGUGAUCUGUGUGAAAUAAUAUGAGAAAAACUACUUUAAUGCUGAAUGAAUGCAAAGGCCAGGCUGUUAAAUAACACAGGAUGUCUACUUAAGUCUUCCCUUUAUACUUGCUCAUUUGUCUCAUUACUCUUAUAGAUUUUUAACAUAACAGCUACAGGUCGGAUGGAAAAGACGCCACAAAAUGCAUUUAAUAUGAACUGCUUUAAAUGUUUUGAAAUUCAUCUUUCACCUUUUGAUAAAACACAUCCUGUGACCUGCUCUGACCUUUUAAAAGGGGGUUGUGUAGAUUAUGAGUAUGAGAGAGUAAGUCCGAAGUUGAAUGUGUUGUCUUUGAGCAGUGAGCUACAGAGGCACCAUUUGUGCACUAAAUAGGGGCCACUGUAAGGUGGAACUCUGAAAUAACGAUACAGAGGCAAAUAUUUUGCUACAGUGUUUUACUGGAGGUGACCCUUUGAUGGAUUGAAGCAGAGUUUCCCCAAAAACAUGUAAACUAAAGCAGGCUGUCACCCUAAUAAGACUGCAGUGAGCACCAAAUCACUGACAUGAGGCCUGUGAAUCAUGUUGGGUCUUGAUCCAUAUUUUAAAAGACACUGUUAGGCAGUAUUUCAAAUAACAAUCUGAAUCCUUUCUGCACUGAAGAGAAAAACCUGAAGCACCUAAAGUAAACUUUUAAAAAAUGCACUUUGUCCACUUGUGUUCAUAGUGGACUAAAUACUGAUUAGGCACCUUAAUCUCAUUUAAUUCCAUGAAAUGGAAGACCAAAUCUGUUUUGUAUGAAUACAACCUGAACCAGUAUUUUGCCUUUUUUUAUUUGUACUAACCUGGAACAUUACCAGUUUAAUCACUUUUCUAAUAAUAUAUGUGUUUCAUAUUUGGAUGUUUAUAAGGCUCAAAAAUAAUAGAACAAUCACCCACCACUUUCUUUGACUAAAUUGCACAAUUUGAGCCCCAUUUUUCUCAGUGUGAAAAUGCAUUUCUUGUAAUUCUGUUAGUCUUUUAAAUCUAGGGAACUGUCUCCAACAUCUCCCUCUUGCUCCCACAUGGCCCUACCCACUUCCUUAACCCUCUCCUCCUUUUGUCAAAUGAGUGACUAUUACAUGAUGUAAAUGUUAGCGAUGUCAUAUUGCCUCCCUGUCUCAGUAAACUGUCUGCAAUAUAAGCAGACACAGGCAGACAGGGCUAAAGGGACUUCUUCAAAAGACUCAAAACGUGAAAACUAAAAGACAGUAUUGGAAAAAGUUGCUUUCUCUCAUUUGUUGUGAUGAAGACAUGGCACAGCUUUCCCUCUGUGGUGGGAAGUCUACCAAAUAACCCUCCACUUUCUGCUUUCUUCCCUCUUUACGAACUCUUUGCAAACUGUCCCGACUGCUGAUCUUCACCGACAGGGGGGAGACUCUGAUGAAGCUUUGCAGGUUAACCUUUGUGCCUACCUGGCUCGUCGCUCGUUUGAACAGAAUUUCACCAACUCUCAACUUUGGAAAUCAGAAAUCUUCAAGAAGGCUUGUUCAAACUAAUGAUGAUGCAUGACUGAGCUCAGCUUUCUGCUGAUGCUAUUAGAUGCCUCGCUACACUGAAGCUAACACUGGAAACUUCAGUUGUAAGUCCUUAAAGAGACACCUUGGAGUUCCGAAUUUUAACGAUGUUUGUAACGUAUCCCCAGGCUCUUGUCACACUAGAAGAUGUUGCUUUUAGGUUUCCAACAUCUCGAGCUUUAAGCCAGCUAGUUUAUGAUGAACUGAUGGGAAGCUAAAACCUUUUAUCUGUUUGGUCAUAAUGUGACGAGUGCCUGGACUUGAUUCACACUUUUAAGGUAUACUUUUGUCUAAUACUGCAUGCAAUAACCAAGACAAACAACAUUUGUACAUAUUUGGGGCUGGUAUACUUGGCACAGUAGAAGCCUCAUCCUGGGUAAACUGAUAAUGUAGCUUAAAAAUACGGUGCAAGUUGAGUGCAGCCAUGGACCUGUUUUCUUUUUCAAAUCACUGAAAUAUGUACUCAGUUUGAGCUACUGCUAGUUUAGAGGGGCAUCUUUCCAUGACCUUUCUCUAUUUUGCACAUUUUUUUUUUAACUUUAACACCCCAAGUGCAGCCAUUUUGUGCCCUUUUAUAAGCAUUUAUUAUCGCAUGAUAAUGUCUACAAAUGCUACAAAAUGGCAGUCAGUACUCAGUUUAGACCACAGGUUAGACUUCGUGCUGCUCCCAGGUAUCCAGCCCAAAGUCUUUUACAGUGUGCUCUUUCAUUAUUAUAGUCAGUCUGUUUUGAAUGGUUUUUAUAUGUUUCUAUCUAUGAACACUGUCAUUGCAACUCUAUCCAGCCAACAGUGAACUUCUUGUUAAGAAGACAGGCUCAAUAUGUACAAUAGAAUAGUGUUUUUUUAUUAGAAUCAGUUGUAGAGUUCAAUCAGUGUGCACAAGUGGCUUUUUGGUACUUUGGUUGCAGAAAUGUAGAAUCAGAACUCAAAAGAAAAGACACGCACUUACUUGAAUUAAUGUUUGAAUGAACCCGAGUAGUUUUUGUUUUGCCGAUAUAGGAUUUUUUUAAGACUGAUACCAAUGAUUGGUGAAAAAUCAGAUAUUCCAGUUCAUCAGCCAGCAUUUUUUUUCUUUUAUACACACAAAAUAUAAACAGAUUUCUCAAACAUUUGUUAUACAUAAAUCCUUAUUAAGAUAAUAUGAUAGUGCAGUUUGUAAGUGGGGGAAGUUGAGAGUGCCCUCUGGUGGACAAUCUAUGCAACAUCUGGACUUAUAAUAUGAUUGAAAGCUGUUUCACCCGUCUGUUCUUUACGUUUUAAAUUUUAUUGGCCGUUAUAACUUCUGAUACCCCCGCAGUUGAAUCAAACAAUCAAGAUGUACUUCAGAAUUCAUCCCUCUGCUUCUAUUAGCAAGCUAAUGCUAAUUAGCUUCCUAGUGUUAAACGCUAAAUGCCGUGCUGGCUUGUUAAUUGAGUGAUGGUGAACUGUUAAAUAGAUCAUUUUUUUGCAUGAAAAACAGAAGAGUUACACUUAAAUAGGAUGCAUUCAACAUGUCCCAGAGCGCCAUUUAACUGCCACUAAUGGGUUUUCAGAAAUCAGUUAAAAAGCAUAGAUAACAAAAACAUUAUAAGCCAGGUGUUUUAUGAUCCGAUCAGCUGCUAACAGCACUUCCUAUGUUGGAAUAUCUGUCAUUACUUUGUCAGCAUGAACUAUCACGUUUAUAAUGCAAGCUAUUAACUACAACAACAAUAGGUGGCAUCAUCUUGAGGGGAGCUGUAGUUUUUUUUCUCCAAGGCCUCUCGCAGCUCCUGGUAUUUUAUGUUUCCUCUUCUUCCCCCUUGCAUUGACGCUGGUCGGCAUUUUUGCUUUCUGUAGCCCCACAAAAUCAAAGGGUAAAAAGGACCGUCAAGAUGAUCGCACACAUUGUGAACCAGUCUGGCCGUGCCCGGUGGUAGAUUGCAAAUUGCGGUGAAAUAAUACUAUAGUGCAACGAUCUAACCAAAGAAAACAAAUGCUAAAGAAAUUGCUAAUUGCAAUUACGGCGAAGAGAUCCGAUAGUGAACCAAUGAAAUUCUCAGUUUUCUUAAAUUUGUUUCUCAAAUUACAGUGAAAAGCUGUAAAAUACAGAUUCAACACUUUGAGCCUCUGGAAAUAUGGGCAUAUGUAUAAAAAUGGUUGUAAUUCCUGAACACUUGAUGCAAAAUGUGUGUAAAAUUAUUGAAUUACACUUAAGUCACAUCUUCACUGUUUGAUUUAAAAUCCACUUUUGUGGCGCACAGAGGCAAAGUAGAACUUGUCUCAUUGUUCAAAAUCUUAUGAACCUAACUGUGCAUUAAGAAUUUUUAUGAUGAUAUGUUAACGACUCACCCCACUAAAUUUACACAUUUCAGUACUUUUAAGCCUAUAAAUACACAGUUGUGUAUCUCAUGUGGCACUAGAGGGCGCUGUUAACAUUUUCCCCAGUUGUGUUGAGGUGCCGUGUCUUUUCGCAGAGUUGUGAUUUUAUAUCGAACCCUCAUCUUGUAUCCCAGUUAACUUUGUGCAGUAGAGCUAAAAGCUAAUGUUGUGAUCUGAGUAGUUUCCCUGCGGUCCUAUUACGCUCAUAUGUCAUAUCUGUACCCGCUGUACUUCUGCUAUAGUCCUCACUCGUUUUCUGUAUUUAGAGGUAGCUAGUUGAAUGUUUCUUACAGAAAUCAGAGAUCCAGAUGUUUUCACACUACAGCUGCCAGCUUUUUGGUUAAAAAAAAAAAAAAAAACCCACACCUUGUCAGAAUUAUAAAA